AUGCCUACUAAUCACCCUACUAUACCACAACAAGAUGAGUCUGUAGCAGCACCGUCUACACCCGCUUCUGCUAGUGCUGCCUCUGCCACUACUGCUACUUCUUCUGCUUCUGCUGCUUCUGCUGCUUCUGCUGCCGCUACUGCCGCUUCUGCUGCCACAUCUACUUUCACAUCUUCAUCACCACAAUCGCCAACUUCAACUAAUCAACAAGAGCAACUGGAGGCAAUCCACCAAUUACAUCAACUGCAUCAACUGCAUCAACUGCAACUAUUGGAGCAGCAGCAACGGCAGCAACGGCAGCAACAAGAUCAACAUCGCCAACAACUACUCAAAUUACAGCAGAUACAACAACAAAUCGAGACCAACAAGAAAAGCGAUUGCCGUAGUGACGAAGAUGAAGUUAUGCAACUACUUGACCAACAUGAGUUGAACCGCGACGAGGCAGACAAUCUUGCGCAUAAUAGUAAUCCAACUUUGCAAAAUGCGGUCCCACACCUCAGCAGCUUCAAUUACAACAAUGUUGACACCUAUCAUGACAAUAUCCAUGAUUCGCAAAUCAAACGGCCCGCACUUUCCUCAAGAAGCGUUUCCAUGGACACCACGCAGAACAUUACUGAGUAUCACCAUAGUCCUACUACAAAGAACAAAUCAAGAGAAAGCACCACGUCAGCAUUUCCUCUAACCUCCAACUAUCCACUCUCAAAACAGCCACAACACCCUUAUCUCAAAAACAUGGCAGCCUUAAGACUGAAACAAAAAUUCAGCUUGGACCAUUUUGAAAGUAAUAGACGUGUAUUCAAAACACUUUCCCAUCUGCAUACAAACCACCACAACUACCACCAGCAGCAGCAAUACCCCCCAUCUUCAUUUCACAACCCCUAUCUUCAACCUAAUGCUCUGUUCAUUGGAGAACAACAAUCGGGUAAAUCAAAGUUUAGAAUCAAGGUGGAAUUCAAAACUGUGGAUAUGAAAAACUCGUUGGUCACUGGUUUCUUACAAAUUAAUGGAUUAACCAAAGAUCAUCAAGAAAUUGUGACAUACUUUAGAGGAGAAAUUAUCAACAACCCUCUUUAUUCUCAGCAUCAACAACAAAGUCAUAGGUCUAAUGAGUCAUCAUCUUCCAACACUGUAUAUGACGAUGAGUACAAGAGGUUUUCAUUUAUGGCUGAAAACAAGAAUUGGGGAUCAUCUGUUGAAAACGAUUUGGAUCACUGGAAAAGGCUUACUCAAUCACCAGCCUCACCAGCAACAGUACCAACGUUUCCAACUCUACAUUCACUCCAAUACUCAACAUGUCCAUAUGCUUCUUCCACCAACACAAUCCCACCAUAUUCAUCAUCUUCAAGAUCCACAAACCAUGCACAAAACAAAGAGUUUAUGAACAAGUUGGCCGGUAUUUAUCAAGGUCAAUGCGGAAAUGACGAAUAUCAUAAUCAAUACGUAUAUAUGAGGUGGAAGGAGGAAUUCUUACUUCCCGACUCCAGAGUGAAGCAAAUACCCAAUGCGUCAUUUGAAGGGUUUUAUUACAUUGUUUUGAACAUUGGCAGCAACCAGAUCAUGGAUGAGAGUGCAUUAGAUGCAGAUAUAAAUGGGGAAAGAAGUAGUGCAGACGCAUCGAACCACAAAAAAAGCCGCGCUAGAAAUGACGUUUCUGGGACUGGGACUACUACUGGAACCCCUGUUGGUGGUUCCAAGCCGGGUGAUAUCAACGGGUUGUAUUACCACAUGUCGUCGGAGAAAUUUCAAUCCUUGUCAUUGAGCCACGUGGAUGAUCACGGAGUUUCCAGCACGUUUGAUUUCAAUUGA